AUGGAAGACGAACGGGUCGGGAGUGGGGGCUUUUGUUCAGCACCCUACUUCCCACAUAAAGCAUUCUGGGUAAGCCUCUCGGCCUCUCUACUCCUCGUAAUCAUUACGCUCAGUGUGACAAGCCAACUGGGACUCAAACCACCUCACACUCAGUCUGUACAGACUCUUCGAGUCACAGUUCCAGAGCAAACUGGAGUUCUGCUCAACCAGUCUGCCACAGUGGACCAUCACAACAACCUGGUGACCUUCUCAGUGACCGCACCAGCCAAUCAGACGUCCACUGUUGUCUUUGAUAUCAAGCAAAGAUUGAUUUGUUACAAACCAGUGGAGCAGGCGAGCUGCUUCCUGCGACAGAUGGAGGCCGCAGACUAUGAGCAUGUUAGCUCACUGCUUCAAAUGCCAAGCGAAAUGAGUCACAUCGAGCUGUCCAGCAAUUUGACCCACAGACAGACAGAGUUCCUGCGCGUGCUGGCAGCCAGCCAGGUGGACACCUCGUCUUUGGAGGAGCCGCUGCAGAGUCUCUGUCGGAACCGCACAGUCCAUUGGACCAGGAGAGCCGAGGGUCCAGGGAAGCAAAGACUGGUCUACUUCUGCAUUGACAUCUGCUUUCCCAGCAACAUUUGUGUGUCUGUGUGUUUCUACUACCUACCAGAGUGA